UUCAUCGCAUAAACAAUUUUAUUAUUCAGCUGUGCGAAAUUAUUGCAGUGAAAAAGCGUAAUCGUGCAUCUGAACUAAUGAAGGCUAAAAAAACAAGCAUUUCAUCGAGAAAUGAAAAAAAAAAUAGUACGAUUCGUCUUAUCAACCCAAAGCAAGUAUACAAUACUGCCUCAAUUAGAGAGAAGUCAAAGCUAAGCAAACCUGCUGGCGCUGGACUACGAUGUGGAUACCAAACCGAGAGCACUUCUCUCUAUCUAUGGACACGCUAUUUAACGAUCUCGUCCAGAACAUAAAGCACGUAGCACCAGGUGCUCAGCUAUCAUAUCUUUUGCGCAGUCGUCUUGAGAAAUAUAAGGCAGAUGAGUUAAAGGAGCUCGUGAGUCGGACAAAAGACGGCUGUGCCCCACUAUUCAUUGCUUGUAAGCGUGGCCAUGUUGAAAUAGUCGAGUACCUUAUCACAGUUUGUCAUGCGAAUAUUGAACAAAGGGGCAUUUAUGAGGUUCCGGAUGACAGAUCGGUGCAUUGUGUGACGCCACUCUGGUGUGCUGCUGUAUCAGGAAAGCUUCCUGUCCUUAAGUGUCUGAUAAAGCAUGGGGCUAAGGUCAACGCAGUUUCUGACUCCGGAUCCACGCCUGUGAGGUCCGCCUGUUUUAUGACUCAUGUUGAAAUUGUCUCCUACCUAGUGGAGCAUGGCGCUGAUAUCAUCAAGGCAAACUACAACGGUGGUACGUGCUUGAUAAAUUCUGUGCAAAGCGUGGAAUUGUGCACCUUCUUGCUGGAGCAUGGUGCCGAUGUUAAUGCUACUGAUAUACAGAACAAGACGGCCCUUCAUUAUUCUAUACAAGAGCAUCGCUUUGAAACUACGAAACUGUUGCUUAGCUAUAACGCGGAUCCACACCUCAAGUCUCGCUAUCAUGAUGACGCACUGCAAACUGCCUGCCUCAAGGGUGCAGAGACGAUCUUCGAUUAUCUUAUGAAUAACGUAAAAUUCACACCUGAACGACAAGCAGACGCACACGAAUUAAUUGGAUCCACAUUUUUCGAUGAUCAUAAUGAUACGCAGUUGUCAUUUAAGUACUGGAAAAAAGCUCUUGAAAUUCGUAGAUUAAAUUCAGUCCAUGACGGUCAAUCGUUGUUUAAAAGGCCAGUGUAUCCUCAAAGAGACACUUUCCGUUACGCUACAGAAUUUGCGACUCUGGAUGAGCUUUCAAAUAUUAUGCUCGAUCUUGACUCGAUAAGAAUACAAAGUUUGUUGAUUUGUGAAAGAGUUUUAGGACCUUCUCAUAAGGACACACUGUUUAAAUUGAUGUAUCGUGGUGCAUCAUAUGCUGACGCAUUACGCUACCAGUAUUGUAUUGAUUUGUGGAGGCGCGUACUAGAAAUACGCGUGGAAAAAGACUCGAUUUUGUUCACUGAUACCUGUUUUACUGCUCAAGCUUUGGUCCGACUAAUGGUAGAUUUAUGCGAAAAAUCGCUGGAUAUCGAAAUAAACCGCGAUAAACAGGAACCGAGAUUCUGCGACGUCGUAGCGAUAUUCAAACUACUAACCAACAAUCUCACAGAGAGCAAAAAAUUACUUAAACAUCGUCCAGUACAUAAAAGGCAACGUGAAAGCUACGAUCGAAUUUUGAAAUGCGUCACGCACUUAAUAUACUUAUUGACCACGACGGCACAAAGUGAGGAUGACAAGGCAGAAAUGCGGUCUUUGGUGUUCGAUUUAGUAAAGCAAAGUCCAAGAUCGUCCUCAACGGAAGACACUCUCUUACAUCUCUGCGUCUCACACUUAAACACAAUAAGUUCAAGUUAUUUUAGUGCCGACGAAAUUCACAAGAUUUUUCCGAAUUUUAAAGUGGUGAAACUUUUGUUAGAAGUCGGAGCACCUGUGAAUGCCCGAAACGAAUCUCGAUCUACACCUUUGCAUGUAGCUAGUAACGUUUAUAACUUUAAAAAUCACCUGGUUAAACUAUUGUUGGACUACGGCGCACAUUUGGAUACGCCGAACAAAGCAGGAGACACUCCAGCUAAACUUAUAUCUUCAAAUUCGCUCAACAAUAUCAAUCUUGUUAAAUACUUGACGCUUCAGUGCCAAGCUGCCCAAGCUGUCUGCAAGUAUGGCAUCAAAUCGAAAGAAUUGCCGCUUACACUUUAUCAUUUUCUUGAAUACCAUAGAACUGAAUAAUUUUCUAGUUUGAUGAUUUUAUUUUGAUUGCGACAAAUUAAUUGUUGGACUGUACUUUAGAUUUGAGACUUGUACAAUAAUAUAUUGUCUUUUGUUAAUUCUAAUAUUAAAUUGUCAAUAAUAGAUUUCCACUGCAUGGUUUAUGACAACUGCAAUAUCAAUAUUGAUAAAUAGUAUGGGCAUGGUAAGCAAUAAAUGAAUUCUCGUUUGAAAUAUCAAAAAAGUUAACUGGAUCAUAACAUUUCAAAGCUUAGGCCCAACGCACAAUAUUUGUGGGUGACCCUAUAAAUAAAAUCAAACAAUAAUUGCUGUUCUUUACAAUAACAAUAAAUAAAUACAAAACAAUAGUUCUCCUUGACACUUGCUCUUUCGUUAUGAUUAAUGGUAAAUAUACAGACAACAAAUACUAAAUGAUUGGAGCAUGACUGUUUACUAAAAAGUAUGUAC